GAGCGCUAACCACCCACAGAGGACCUCUGUGGGAAGUGGUCUCUCCUGAGCCUUGCCAGCCUCUUUUUACAGAUCCUGCAAAAAAGAGGACACAAUGCUUCCAAGAAGGACCCUGAAAUACUGCCUUUCGCUGCUGCUUUUGACCAUCCUGCCUUCCCGAUCUGCGCUGGAGGUCACCAAUGUGGCCCUCACUGGAGAAGCUUUACAAUCCAGCACCUACAACCCACUAGGAGGAGCUAUGAAUGCCAUUGAUGGGUCUUUAGUAGGUGUAUAUACAGAGGGAUCCUGCACCCACACAGAUUAUGAAAGUAAUCCAUGGUGGACGGUAGACUUGCAGGCACAGUAUCAAGUACUCCGUGUCAGCGUCACCAAUCGGCAAGACUGUUGUGCUGAGCGUCUUAAUGGGGCUGAAAUCCUAGUUGGGAACUCCACAGAGAGAGGAGGCACAACAAACCCUAGAUGUGCUACAAUAGGUUCUUUGGAUGCUGGGGAAACACGCAGUUUUUACUGCGAAGCGUCAAAAGGGCAGUUUGUUACAAUUACCCUACCAAGGGGCGGAUACCUCACGCUUUGUGAAGUCCAGGUGUUUGGUCAGAAGAUAGAUUCCAGUGCUGACCAUGAGCCAGAGAAGAACAAGCCACUCACACCAGGAGAACAAGUUAAUACUGUCCCCAAUGUGGCUCUUGAAGGGAAAGCAUUUCAGUCCAGUAUCUACAAUGCACUUGGAAACCCUGAGAAUGCCAUUGAUGGGUCUAUAAUUAGUGACUAUAUGCGUGGCCACUGCACGCACACAGAACUAGAAUUUAAUCCAUGGUGGACAGUGGAUUUGGCAGAAGAGUUUCGUGUGUCCAGGGUUAGCAUCACCAAUCGAGGAGACUGCUGUGCAAGGCGGAUAAAUGGGGCUGAAAUCCGAAUUGGAAGCUCGCCAGUAAAAGGAGGAAUCACAAAUCCAUGGUGUGCAACAAUCAGGUCAUUAGCCCCAGGGGAAACAGCCAUUUUUGACUGUGGAGAAAUGCAAGGACGUUAUGUGACUAUCACCAUCCCAGGCAUUCGUAUUCUCUCACUGUGUGAAGUUCAAGUGUUUGGUGAAAAGCUACCUUCCUCGGUUUCUUCACCAAUUGAACAAUGGGAAAAGCCAAGAGAACCCAAACAGCCAUGGGAAGAAGCUAAAGAGAAGUGGCAACCCUACACAACAGUCUACAAUGCAGCUCUUGAAGGAAAGGCAUUUCAGUCCAGUAUCUUCAAUGAUCUGGGAUCUGCUGAGCAUGCUAAUGAUGGCUCUACGUCUGCUGACUAUUUGCGUGGACACUGCACUCACACCCAACAAGAAGCUAAUCCGUGGUGGACAGUGGACCUUAGGGAAAGAUUUGAUGUGUCCAGUGUAGUGAUCACCAAUCGAGGGGACUGUUGUGCGGAAAGGAUAAAUGGUGCUGAAAUUCGAGUUGGGGACUCGGAUGAGGAAGGAGGCAUCAGAAAUCCCAGGUGUGCCACCAUCACUUCAUUGGGUUUGGGAGAAACAAAAAAAUAUGACUGUGAAGGAAAGAUGGGACGGUAUGUGACUAUUACCAUUCCAGGUGAAGCCAAAUAUCUCACCCUCUGUGAAGUUCAAGUUUUUGGUCACAGGAGAGCUCCCACAGUUCCCAAUGUGGCCCUCGAAGGUGAGGCAUCCCAGUCCAGUACCUACAACCGACUAGGAGUUGCAAAGAAUGCCAUUGAUGGGUCCACCUCCACUAAUUUUAUGCGUAGAUCAUGCACUCACACGGAUAGAGAGCCGAAUCCAUGGUGGGCAGUGGACUUGAAGGGAGAAUAUGAUGUGUCUAGCAUAAGCAUCACCAAUCGAGAAGACUGUUGUGCAGACCGGCUGGAUGGGGCUGAAAUCCGCAUUGGCAACUCCUAUGAGAAUGGAGGUUCUGCAAAUCCCAGGUGUGCCACUAUCACCUCACUAGGUGCUGGAGAAACCCGCAAUUACAAUUGUGGAGGAUUCAAAGGGCAGUACGUGACACUGACCAUCCCAGGCACUCAGUAUCUCACCCUGUGUGAAGUCCAAGUGUUUGGUGUGAAGGUGGAUUCAUCUGGACAUCCAGACAUCCCAUCUGAAAAGGAAGAAGCAUAAUUGAAAUUCUGAGGGACAGUGGACCGGCCCCCUGCUGAAAAAGUUUGGUGACACCUGGUCUAGAAGAACCUGCACCCAGAGGGAUGUCAACUCCUUCCAUGACUGCUAAGCCCACCUGCUGUUCAUGUAUAUGUCAAAAUCCCAAAUAAACAGUAGAACUUGCAACUC